CCAUACCGCCAAUCCAACUUUUCAGUUUUCUCAAAAAUAACAGAAAAUUUCACAACCAAUACCCAAAACCCUAACAUUUCUCCUCCUUCCUUCCAUUGUAGAUCUGUGAUUUCUCGACUAUUAUGCUCAUAGUGACGUUCUACAAUUGGAGUUUCGGAUUGGACAAUUGACGCAGCCACCAGAUCUGUCGGAGUUUCCUAUUUUCGAUGACUGAUUGAAUUUCACUUCCAUUUCCCGCUUUAUUGGAUUAAAAAGACUGCGCUACUGAGUUUUUAGAGUUGUGGAUGGGAGAGAGGGGAGUGGAGCUUGGAUGGUUGUUGUUUUGUUAAUGCGAUUGAAAUGAACAGUAGAUUGAGGACUGAUUCAGAGAACGGGCAGCAUCCGGCAGGGGAUGGUGCUGAAGGCAAGUCAAGAGUGGAGGGAGAAGCAAAUGAAUCGUUCAGUGAUACUAGGGUGAUGCCUUGUGUGGCUGCUGAGUUUAUGGAUGGUGAAAGUGAGUCUGUGUUUUAUGACGUUCAGGUAACUGAAGGGGUGAUCGACGAGACUGAAUUAGCGUGUUCUGUUGACGUGUUGUCAAAUAACAGUGAAUUAGUUUAUGAAAGCCACGCGAAGAAUGGCGCUCAGACAAAAUCAUGCUCUGAAAUUCAGCUGAGAGAAUCUGUGAAUUAUGCUGCAUUUGGACCUUCUGCAGGGGUUCGUGCAAAUGAUGUUUUAAGUAGUGCAGAGCUAGAACCCUCUGUGGAAUAUCAUAAUAGUGAAAUAUUGAAGGAGCAUUGCAUGAAAGACGUGGCAAAGGAAGAACAGAACGCUGGAGAUACGGAGACAAGGGGGGUACUGAAUGACAUCGUGAUGGACCCUUGUGCAGUGAAUCAUGCAGUGGAACAGUUAGAUGAUGGUAAGGUUGAGCUGUAUUCUAAUAGCAAUGAAGUGAAAGACGAACAAAAUAAUCCUGGUUUGGGGAUACAUCACAGCGAUCGAGUGAAAGAACCAACCAAUGAUGAUUUGCAUUCUGAAGUUUCAGACCCCAAUCCAUCUCCAAAACAGGUUACCUCAAGCCUGACCAUUAGCAGUCAACCUCUCGAUGUGCUUGGUGGGGAACAUGGUGGCUGUGGAGAGAUUACAUCAGCUUGUUCCUGGAAUUCCUUCACUGAUGGAAAGUUUUGUGAAGAAGAACACAGUAAGGGUAAACUGGAAGCAGUUUCUACAGCUCGUGUGGUUCUUGAAAUUCCAAAGCAUGUUAGACCCACUGGUAUUAGAAAGAUAACAUUUAAAUUCAGUAAACGGAAAGAUGAGUGUGAUACUGACCUAUCUUCUAAGCCCUUGGCUGAUGACAAAUUUGAUGAAGACCUUUAUGAUAAUCAAAUAUCCGUGUCGACUGCUGAUGGUUUAUCUAUGCAUGGCUUUCGCAAUGGCGACAUGAUUGCUUUAGAGAACUCAAAAGUGAAAUCAAGCAUGGUUGAUGGAGAGUGUCUUCACCCUAGAAGUCCUUCUUCUUGUGCUCCCAACAUGGAACUGAGGAUGUCUAAGAAAAUCAUUCCAGAUAGUUACCCUUCGAAUGUUAAGAAGCUUUUGUGCACUGGAAUACUGGAAGGAGCUAGAGUCAAGUAUAUUUCUAUGUCUGGUGAGAAGGAGCUUCCUGGAAUUAUAAAAAGUGGUGGAUUUUUGUGUGGUUGUUGCAUCUGCAACUUCUCAAAACAUGUGGUGAGUGCAUACGAGUUUGAACUUCACUCUGGUAGCAAGACAAGCCAUCCAAAUAAUCACAUAUACUUGGAGAAUGGGAAGCCGAUUUACAGCAUAAUUGAAGAACUGAAAACUGUUCCUCUCAGUGCAGUAGAUACAGUGAUAAGAGCUGUUGCAGGUCCUUCUUUAAAUGAGGAGUACUAUCAGCUCUGGAAAGCAAGUCUCGUACGUGGACAUGAUGUAGCCUGUGGGGAUAGCGCACACCAGUAUUUAGGCAUGUCACACUCCACCACCAGCUCUGCAAGACCAUCUACUGAAGACAUCACUUAUCCGGAUGCAUAUCUUUAUUCUCGUUCAACACCCUUUAAUCAGCAAGGCUAUGUAGAGGCACUAGUUGAGCAGAAACGUCCAGUCAAGAAGCCAAGACAUUCUGGCUCUUUUUGGGGACAUAAGAAGACAACAGAAGGUGGCAACAAAAAAAGGGACAAUGAUUUGCACAAAUUGCUUUUUUUGCCGGAUGGACUGCCAGAUGGCACCAGUUUGGCUUAUUACUCCAAAGGAAAGAGGAUUCUCGGGGGUUACAAGCAGGGAAAUGGCAUAGUCUGUGGUUGUUGUAACAUUGAGAUUAGUCCCUCCCAAUUCGAGGCUCAUGCUGGAUGGGCAGCUAAACGUCAACCCUACCGUAAUAUCUAUACGUCCUCUGGAUUAACACUUCAUGACAUAGCCUUGAUGCUCGCAAAUGGCCAAAGUCUUCCAUCUAGUGGAAGUGAUGAUAUGUGUGCAGUAUGCGGAGAUGGAGGUGAACUUAUUUUAUGCAACGGAUGCCCUCGAGCUUUUCAUGCUGAUUGUUUAGGUUUACAGUGUCCCCCAGAAAAUGAUUGGCAUUGUCCGCAUUGCAAGGAUAGACUUGGUUCUGGUAGAAAAGCUUCUGGGGAAUCAAGACCAAUUAUCCUUAGACUAACGAGAGUGGUAAAGGCACCAGAAUUCGAGCCCGGUGGCUGUGUGAUCUGCAGGUCACAGGACUUCAGUGCUGCAAAGUUUGAUGACCGAACAGUGAUAAUAUGUGAUCAAUGUGAGAGGGAAUAUCACGUUGGUUGUUUACGUGAGUCUGAGAUGUGUGAUCUGAAAGAACUACCUGAGGAUAAAUGGUUUUGUUGUGAUGACUGCCAUAAGAUCUUUGAAGCACUGCGAAGUUCGGCUUCUGGGGAGCCCAAGUUAGUUCCAGCUGCAGUGUCAUCUGCACUAUAUAAGAAGCAUGCAAAAAUUGGUUUGAAUGGUAUGUAUAUGAAUGAAAUCCAAUGGUGCAUUCUGAGUGGAAAAAGUCGAGCUCCGGGGCAUCUAAUGUUGCUCUCUCGAGCUGCAGCAAUUUUUCGCGAAUGCUUUGACCCCAUCGUUGCAAAAUCUGGUCGGGAUCUUAUCCCAGUUAUGGUGUAUGGGAGGAACAUAUCUGGGCAAGAGUUCAGUGGAAUGUACUGUGUGGUUCUAAUUGUAAACUCCAUUGUUGUAUCAGCUGCUCUCGUCAGGAUAUUUGGAAAGGAUGUUGCUGAACUUCCAUUGGUAGCUACCGAUAGAGAAAAUCAAGGAAAAGGAUAUUUUCAAGCGUUGUUCUCGUGCAUCGAGAUAUUCCUGUCAUCUAUGACCGUGAAACACCUGGUACUCCCUGCGGCCGAGGAAGCUGAACCUAUGUGGCUGAAUAAGCUAGGCUUCACGAAAACGAGCCAUGAGAAAAUGCUGAAGUACACGAGAGACUUUCAGCUAACAAUUUUCAAGGGGACAUCUUUACUAGAAAAGGAAGUACAGCCAUAGUGAACACUCUCGAGAGAUGUGUGGAGUGCAGCAGAUGCUGAUAAUGAGCGAGUCUCACAUCCCACGGUGGAUAUCUAGAUGUGCCGCAGUCAUCUGAAAGCACACGAAUGCAUGAGGCACUCCACCUACAUGUAGAGGUAAGUUUUCGACAGGAGUGAGCUUUCACACUAUAGCACCGCGGUCAGGUUUCUCAGGAGUUGGUAUGUCUUUAUCAUAUCGGGGGAUGAUACACCACGCUGCAUCGUGCUGCCGUAGAGAUAUGCAGAAUGUUGAAAGAAUUUCCUCGAGCACGCUUCCCUUUUUUAUCCGCAUGCAGGAAAAGAAUAGUUGGUUUUUGAAGGCCAAAUACUUUGUUUCACUACAUUUGUUUGUGCAUUUCGAACGCUAUACUUGUGUUGUGUUGGAUUAUAGUGAUGCAAUGUACAUUUUCAUACUACUAUAUAUGUUUGUUCGAUCGCUGAA